CCGCUCUACAGAAGUUCGACCCUCAUCUAAUUCGAUAUGCCUCCAAAGCGCAAAUCAGCUCUGAAUCACCGUCUCGUGUCGGGGAGAGCAAAAGCUGCUCGCUUGAGCGCUUCGCGGGAUUUGCGAGGUGACAACACCCCCAGGGUGCCGCUGACAGUCAGCACAGCGCCAGCUCCAGGGACCAGCCGGGAUGAUACAGAGACAGGUAGGUCGCUUACUAAUGCUGCCAAUAGUAUACUUAUUCAGCCGGGUGUGUUACUCCCUGAUGUUUCACCUCCCUCCCCACGCGCUCCAUAUCCCGCACAUGCUCGUGUUCACUCUCUUAGUCCUAACCUAGAUCUACAGCCAACUGUCCAGCCCACUGGCUACCCCGAUACGCUCCAGCAGCGUUUCUUUCCCCCCAACGCCGGCUACCAGCAGCUCCAUGUGCAAACCGAGCACCUUGGCUCCCAUGUUAGAGCGUCUAUACGGGACAAAAUAUAUAAGGGGGAAUUCGUAGACCUGCGCCAAUUGCUGCCACCCCAAAAAGACGCGUCACAGGAAGCCGUUAAUUUUUCUAUGGAGCUGGACAGCUCCGGACAGGUGGUAUUUAGGCCUAAGCAGCAACCCUCACGGCCUCUGACCAUAGGCCAGUGGACGUCAGCUUUCAAUACCUUUAUAAGUAUUUAUGUUGAAAAGCACCAGGAUACGAACACUGUGCAGCAUUUGCUUGCAUACAUGGAGACAGUGCGGGGGGCAGCGGCACGCUUCGGGGGGGAUUGUUGGGCACAGUACGACAUUCAAUUCAGACAACGCAUGGAGCGUAACCCUACACGGCCUUGGGGCACCAUUGACGGCCAGCUGUGGCUUGAGUUAAUGCUCCCCAACCAGCGUCAACCCCCGCAAUCUGCCAACAGACCCCCUAGCAAUAAUCAGAACCAUAACCAUCGUGCCUACACUGCUGCACCCGUAUGUUGGGAUUUCAACAAGCAGGGUUGCCGAAGGCAGAACUGCAACUAUGUGCACAAGUGCCAGUCAUGCGACAGCAGGGGACACGGAGCCAGUAGCUGCUUUCAGCAUAAAGGCUCCAGGCCCAAACAUGGCACAUUUCCAGCGCAUGCUAACAAUAACCCCAUCAGCAACACACGCCAAUCUUGAACUAGCACCCUCACCAAUCAAAGUCUGCAACCUCACCCCAUGGCUAAUUUCUUAUCAACACAUUAAUUCAAAUGACAGUACUAUACUUCAGGAAGGUUUUAACCAAGGCUUCAGUUUACAAUAUACAGGCCCACCCGGUCCACGGGAUGCAAGAAAUUUAUCUUCUGCUAACGCUAAUCCUCAUAUCAUCUUGCAUAAGCUGACAAAGGAAAUAGAAGCAGGUCGUAUUGCUGGACCAUUCUCGUCACCCCCUCUACAGACCCUUAUAGUUUCCCCACUUGGCCUGGUUCCCAAGAAAACACAAUCCACAUCAAACACAGAGGCUGCCUUCCGCCUCAUUCAUCACCUAUCUUAUCCAUCAGGCCAGUCAGUCAAUGAUUUCAUUCCACAAGAAUUCUGCACAGUACAGUAUAACAGCUUCGACCAGGCAGUCGCCA